AUGGAGGAGAGCAUUCAGCACUUCACUGACAUUACCGGGGCGAGCGUCGAUGUGGCUCGAGGCUUCCUGGAGAUCACGGGAGGAGACUACCAGCGGGCCAUCGAGCUUUUCUUCGAGAGUCCUGAUUUGGUCGGAGCUGGCGUUUCCAGCAACCCUCCCACCGCUUCGACAUCUCGCCCUCCUGUACCAUCCAGAACCAACAUUGGCAGGGAAGAUGCCAGCGGGGUGAUCCACAUCCCUAGUGAUGAUGAGGAAGAGGACGAUGUCGACAUGCAAUUCAACGACGACGAUGCCUUCGAAGCCGAUGAAGACGAGCGAGUUGCCGCUGCGCAGGCUGCAGCCUACGCACAAGAAGAGGAAGAUGCUGCCAUGGCAAAGCGUCUGCAGGAGGAAUUAUACCAGGAAUCGGGGCCAGCUGGCGGGAAUGUCAGGGCUCCUAUCGCUCGGACAACAGAGACGCUUGUGGCGCCGGACCCAUCCUGGGGAGAAGAGGAGAGCUCAGCUAUUUUGGAACAACUGAGAAGGAGGCGACAGAUGCCCCUUUCAUCCAGAGGCCCCUUCGGCCAUCGGAUAUGGGGAGAUGAUACGAGACGUGCCGAGCUCGCGGGCGAUGACGAUACUACAUCCGCCCAUGCCAGGCGCCUGGAAGAUUUGUUCCGACCACCAUACGAUCUGAUGUCUCGACUAUCAUGGGAUGAGGCUCGUACACUGGGCAAGGAAGACAAGAAAUGGAUUAUGGUCAACCUACAAGACAUGAGUGACUUUGGCUGCCAGAUGCUCAACCGAGACAUCUGGAAAGACAGAGCUGUGAAAGAGCUGGUCAACGAAAAUUUCAUUUUUUUGCAGCUGGACAAAGAAUACCCUGAUGCGGAGGAGUACAUAACAUUUUACUUCCCAAACAGGUCUCACGAAAAUCCAGACAACUACCCUCACGUCUCCAUAGUUGACCCUCGAACUGGAGAACAGGUCAAAGUAUGGAGCGGGAAACCCUUCCCUAACGCCAACGAGUUCCAUGCCGAGGUGGCCGAAUUUUUGGACAGAUACAGCCUUGCAGCCAAUAGCAAGAAUCCGGUUGCUAGAGCCCAGACAAAGAAACCUCAAGUUAUUGACGUGGAUCGCAUGACGGAAGAUGAGAUGCUGGAGAUGGCGCUCAAGAACAGCUUGGCUGGAGCUCAGGAUGGCGGUUCAGGUUCGGGCUCGGGAUCGACGCCGAGCGUUCAUGAUCCUGAUGCAUUGACCAAGGAGGAGGCUAAAAAGGCCGAAGAACAAGAGUCGCAGAGCCCAUUUGCACAGAUCUCCAGCGUAAACCCUCAUGCUGAACCCGACAACAACCCCUCUACAACGACACGCAUCCAAUUCCGACACCCUGAUGGCCGUAUCAUUCGACGCUUCAAUUUGCAGGACCCUGUUCGCAGGAUAUAUGAAUGGCUCAAGGCGGAGCCGCUGCAGGGCAAGGACGGGAUUGCUUUUGAGCUGAAGCAGAUGCCCCAGGGACAAGAUCUUAUCGAGUCGCUGGAUUCCACCAUUGAAGAGGCAGGCCUGAAGCAAGGGACAGUCAUGAUUGAGCUAAUUACGGACGAAUAA